CACAACCCUCCAACCUCAAGAUGUCUUCUUCUUUGGAUCAAUUGAAGGCCAGCGGCACCGUUGUCGUUUGCGACUCGGGUGACUUCGAAACCAUUGGCAAGUACAAGCCGCAGGAUGCCACCACCAACCCUUCCCUUAUCCUUGCCGCCUCCAAGAAGCCCGAGUAUGCUCGCCUCAUCGAUGAGGCCGUGAAGGUCGCCAAGACCACGGGCGGUGAUGUCGACCAGCAGGUUGACGAGGCUCUCGACCAUCUCCUCGUCGAGUUCGGCAAGGAGAUCCUUAAGAUCAUCCCUGGCAAGGUCUCCACCGAGGUCGAUGCCCGGUGGUCUUUCGACACCAAGGCCUCUGUCGACAAGGCCCUGCGUAUUAUCCAGCUCUACAAGGAGCAGGGCAUCUCCAAAGACCGCGUUCUCAUCAAGAUCGCCUCCACCUGGGAAGGCAUCAAGGCCGCCGAGAUCCUCCAGCGCGACCACGGUAUCAACACCAACCUGACCCUCAUGUUCUCCCUCGUCCAGGCCAUCGCCGCCGCCGAGGCCGGUGCCUUCCUCAUCUCCCCCUUCGUCGGCCGUAUUCUCGACUGGUACAAGGCCGCCAACAAGAGGGACUACUCCAAGGAGGAGGACCCCGGCGUCAAGUCGGUCCAGAGCAUCUUCAACUACUACAAGAAGCACGGCUACAAGACCAUCGUCAUGGGCGCGUCUUUCCGCAGCAUUGGCGAGAUCACUGAGCUCGCUGGCUGCGACUACCUCACCAUCUCCCCCAACCUCCUCGAGGAGCUUCACAACUCGUCCGAUGCCCUCCCCAAGAAGCUCGACGCUUCCAGCGCUGCCUCGCUCGAUAUCGAGAAGAAGACGUACAUCAACGACGAGGCCAACUUCCGCUUCGACUUCAACGAGGACCAGAUGGCCGUCGAGAAGCUGCGCGAGGGUAUCAGCAAGUUCGCCGCCGAUGCCGUCACCCUCAAGGAUAUCCUGAAGCAGAAGAUCUCCGCUUAAGCGUUUAGCGUGGUAAAAUGACGUGGAGGACAAGCACACAAAAAGCAUAGUGAUGAUAAUGACGGAGGAAUGUCGAUAGUCGCAUGAGAUGAAAUCUUGCUUGGGAGGCUAGAUGACCCUAUAGAAUGGCGAAUCGUAACAGUCGAAGUUGGUCUCCCGGAA